AUGAAUUAUUUUCUGCACAGCGAGUGGUACAACGAGCGGUACAGGAAGAUGCUGUCCACCAGCGAGGAUGCCGGGUUCUACUCCCACAACCGUGACCAUUCAGACACCGGAGAAUCUGAAGGCACUCAAGAUAUCCUAACAUGCGGGUCCUGUCAGAAAACAUUCGCCCUCUCCGACAUUGUGCGAUUCAUCCAGCACAAAGUGCUGCAGUGCAACAAGGAAAACUACGGCCAGUGCUACUCGCAAGCAACGGCCGGUGAUCGCGAUUCGGACGACGGCCGACCGCUGACGCUGGCCAACUCGAGGCGACCCUCGAUUUCGGCGCCGAUCUCAGCCCGCAAGUCCAGCGGGUCCCGGGUACACACGCCCCCACCGACGAGUCCUGCCGAAAUGCUACGGGACGGUGCUUCCAGUACGCCCAAGCGGCUCAACGAAGAUACGGAAACCGCCUGUUCGACGCGUUGUCCCUCCAGUAGCAGCCCGCUGGGCACCAGUGCCAGCGGAGCCGGCAGUGGCGCUGAGGAUGAAGAUCCUAGCAGCAAACCGGCCGAACCGUCGUCAUCGUCCGUCGGUGAAGCGGCGGCUGCAUCGGCAGCUGCGGCAACGGUGGCCGCAGCGGCAAUAGUCGAAAUCAAACAGGAACAAACCGAGUGCGACGGCGAUGUGAUCAACAACGACGACGGUGACGACCGUUCGUCUCCGGCGGUCAACGACGGUGAGCCUGCACUGAAAAAACUUCGCACCACGGCAAUUGCAGACGCCGAGUCGGCCGCCGCCAGUACGGCCAGCAGCAGUAGCAGCAGCGCCCUUCGGGAGGGUUCCGCCUCGGCUCGGGUGCAAACUGACCUCUCGCCCGGUCUCUCCUCGCUGGGUUAUAAAUUUUACCAGUCACCUACUUGUUCCACCUUCGCCACGAUCGGUGUGGUGCGGUGCGGUGGUGGGAUAACAAUAGGCAAGGAGUACCAGCAGUGCAGCAGCAAUUCGAUGGCUAUCGGCUGGGCAGCAUCCUUUUUGUCUCGAUUGUCGAGCUUCUCGAGAAAGGAUCAUCAUCAGAUCGUUAUCACGCGUUCGAUUGAACCUAGCAACUAUGUCUGUAGUACGUGCAAAACCAAAUACCAUUCGGCGUGGCUACUGGUGCAACAUGUCCAGCAUGCCCACCGGGUGAUGAUCUACGAGGUUUCACUGGUGGACGAUGAACCGGAAGCACGGAAAGAGGAACGAGCGGAAAGCAAACACGCUGAUGCCGAUGAGUGCAACCAGCCAGAAAGAGAUAACGGCAAUGCUUCGACAGGAAACGUUCCGAAAUCAUUGGUUCAGAGUGGAAAAUCAACCUCGAUGAAUAAUCUUAGCAGUAGUUCAAACUGUUCUAGCAAUAACACAAGUACCAGUUCACGGGGAAGUGGAAUCAAUCUGCUGCAAAAUCAGUUACAACUCCAACAACAACAACAACAACAACAACAACAACAACAGCAACAGCAACAACAACAGCAGCAGCAGCAACAACACCAACAACAGCAUCAACAACCACCUCGUGAUUCCCAAAGUCUUCCACCGCCCGGUUUACGGCAUCAUCCUCUGCUCCCACCACCGGAGAUGCACCCAAACCCAUUCGGUCUGCUUCGGAUGCCGCAAAACCUGCACCCCCACAGUCCACUAUUCGGCCGCGCUCACCAUGACUUUCGCAUGGAACACCUCAUGUCCGAGCAGUUUCGCAACCAUGGUCUCAAUCUUGCGGCAGCUGCAGUCGCUGCGGCGAACCAGCUAAAAUCGCACAACCAACAGUUCAACUCCGGCGUCAAUCCCGUCACGGAACGGCCACCGUCGUCCGGAAGCAUCUCCCUGCCCGGCACAACGCCGGCCGGUCUUGUUCUCGAGCCCCAUAUGGAUUUUUACUCACAGCGCUUGCGGCAACUCGCGGGUACCACCAGUCCCGGGACUAAUCCCAACACCUCCAAUUCUCCCAGUCCCCGCAAGCAACAUUCCCCUUCCUUCGCCAGCCCCUCCCCCUCGCAGCUACCACCGACACCGUUGACGAACAAUUCGCGACCUCAAAGUCUAACGCCACCGGAAAAGCACACCGAACUGGGCCUGGAGUCGGGAACGAUCACCAAUACGCCCCGGUCGGCGUCGACUCCUCCGAACAAGCAGAGCCAAAGCAACGACGCAUUCCACUCGUGCGAAUUUUGCGGAAAAAAGUUUCGCUUUCACAGCAACCUGUUGGUGCACCGGCGAACCCAUACCGAGGAACUCCCGUUCAAGUGCACGAGUUGCGAUUUUUCCUGCAUGGACGAGCAAAAACUGCAACAGCACAUGAAAAAGCACGGACUUCCAAACGAAGAUGGCAUCAGUGGGCCGGAAUCGAUGGAUUCCGACAUGGAUGAAGACUCCGACAACGAGUUAAUGGAUGCGGAAGACAUUGACGGUGAGGACAAUGACGACGACCAGGAUGAGAUGCUUGGUGAAGAGGCGGAAGAUCUGAGCAUGAGUAGUACUCAGAGCCACGCUAAAAAAGACGGUCAAAUGCACAUGCCGUCGUCACUGGUUGGUGAGUUGAUGGACAAAUUCGGCCUGUCCAACAUUGCCCAGUAUUCCGAGGCCUACAAACAAGCCCUACAGGAGUCGGGAAACGCAUUGAAGCUGCAGCUGACAAGUAAAGAUCGAGAUAACAACAAUAGCGCCAUGGCCAUCCCUGGACUGGCGGAAAAGUUGAACGGACUUCCGUCCGCGCUACGGAUCAAAGAGGAACUAGCGAAGAACAUGCUGCAGCAUCAUAAUCCCCAACUUCCACAAGUUCCUCUGUUCAAUCCAUUCGAGAACCCUUUUGAAGCGUCCAAGCGUAUGAAGCUGGAAGGGAGCGAGAGUUGGUGGAACAUCUCCGGUCUGCACCGGAACGAUUCUCUCUUUGAAAACCUGAAACCGGGCCGUGAUCGAGGUCCCGGUGGGCUGCUCCAACCGAUGAUGAAGAAAGAAAGCAAACUCCGCAAUGAUACGUGCGAAUUCUGCGGCAAAGUGUUCAAGAACUGCUCCAAUCUUACCGUCCACCGGCGUAGCCACACCGGUGAGAAGCCUUACAAAUGUGAACUAUGUUCCUACGCGUGUGCGCAGAGCUCCAAGCUGACCAGGCACAUGAAAACCCACGGUCGGCUUGGUAAAGACGUGUACCGGUGUCGAUUCUGUGAAAUGCCCUUUAGUGUUCCCUCGACGCUGGAGAAACACAUGCGAAAGUGCGUUGUAAAUCAAGGCAAACUGCAGCAGCAACAGCAACAGCGCGAACUGCAACACCUUCAACACCAACAGCAGUUGCACCAUCAGCAGCAGAUUGCUGCCCAGCAGCAGCUAGCCGCACAGCAAAUGGCAGCAGCAGCAGCCGCCCAACAGCAACAAGCCGCUGCAGCUGCCGCCGCUGCACAACAGCAUCAACAUCGCGAACACCUGCAGCAACAGAUGCAGCAAUCAACACCACAACCUCCACGAGACUUAUCUAUGCUUCCGGUGUCCCCACCUCAGCCACCACAACUUCCUUCCGGCCUACUGCUACCGCCACUGCCCGUCCCGCCAAUCGUCUCAUUAGCGGAGCACCAGGAACGUACCGGUACUCCCGCGAAUGGCAGCAGCAGUCACCCGAGCACCCCCAUCGUCAAAGAGGAAGCGGCAACGGCAUGA